GAUUUAUUGAACCAAUAGUUUCAUUACCACUAAACUAUUUUAUUUUGGCAUCCUCUCAUGUAUUUGACAAUGAUAAUAAACCUUUUGUUUGGGGCUUAUCUGAACGUGGAUUUUUAAACCUGUGGUUUAUGAUCGGUGCUGCAUUUUAUGCACAAGGUGCCGGAAUGCAUUCUACUGCAAUCCUCGCAAAGCAUUGGCUACAAGAUUUAAUCGAUGAAAAUCCUCAAGUUGUAGCAUCAUAUCCUGCCGUGAAUGAUAUGCUAUAUUAUUUUCAAACUACUCUUGAGCAUGUGAUCGGCCAUUAUAUGUACGCCUUCGGUUCAGUUAUAAUAUCCUGGUCACAUUUAUUCGCUUAUCGACAUCAAAUACACAAAGAAAUUCAAUCCAAGAGAGGCGUAGCUAUUGAAUUUCCAAAAGGCACUAUUGUUGGAUUAGCCUAUGUUCUGAUAAUAGGUAUUCCAUUAGGAAUUUAUUUAUUUAAAACUGGUGAUUUAUUGACGAAAGGUAAACGAUUGGUACUCCAGUCUUAUCUCAUUGGGUAUAUUAUUGGUUUCAUCAUAAUCAUUAUUUGGGUGAUUGCAGUUGGUGGAUUUAACGAUAGGAAGAGUGCCGGAAUUCUAAGUAAUUAG